AUGCCCAAAUUUGCAGAAGCAAGUGCACCAGCCAAAGUGAUCCUAUUUGGAGAGCACUCUGUGGUUUAUGGAAAGCCUGCGAUUGCCACUUCACUUAACUUGCGGACAGUUGUUCGGACAGAGUUGUGUUCCGGAAAGCAAAGCAACGUCGCUGAUGAAGACAAGAAGGGUAACCCAUACCGGGAACAGCAGAAUACUGGCAUUGAACUCGGGGAUUUUGACCAAAGGAAAGAAGUCAAGUCGAAUGCUUGUUAUGAAGUUGGCACUCAUGUAGACAGGGCCAAUUUAACCCACGCAGCAUCAAUUGACGGUUACAAACCGAUGCUCGCCUUUGGCAUCGGAACGGUUCCAAACCAGGUGGAUGCAUCGGCAAUUGCCCAUAUCUGUGUGAAAGAUUUGAAAUCACUGCAUAACGAGUUGAAAAUUUUUUGCACUGAGAGGAAUUCAUCGCUGACAGAUUACCGUCUUUGGAAGCAGGAAUCUAUUUCGCUCGUAAACAUUCUGCUUUCGUCGUUAAAACCGGUGUCCUUUGUAAAAAAAGGCAAUUUGUUUCCUAACGGAGGCAUAAUGUCUAUUUUAUUCUUUUCUGCCGUUUUUCUCUGUCCUUUUGUGGAAGAAGAUGGUGCUGUUCUUUUUCAUACCUUUACGCAAAUUCCGGUAGGGGCUGGCCUUGGAUCAUCCGCCUCAUUUGGGGCUGCUUUGGUGGCAUCUGUUUUCUCCCUAAUAUCUUGUGAUGGGGACAUUUUCACCUGGUCCAAUAUUUCUGAGACCAUAAUUCAUGGCACAUCUUCCGGGUUGGAUCCGUUAAUCUGCACGCUUGGAGGAUCAAUCCGCUUUUCCAGAAAGCCCAAUGAAAAUUUAUUUUUCGCCAUGGAUAGUCACCAUUUGGAACAAUCCAUCUCGGUGCGCCAAUUUUCGCUGCAGUCUUCAUCGUUGAAAUUUUCGAUGGCAAUUUUAUAUUCUGGAAUUUCGCGGAAUACUCGCGAUAUGGUUGCAAGGGUCAAGCAGUUUAAAGACUCCGAUGCUGCAUCAUUUGACGCAGUCAUUGAUUCGAUUGGUAGCGUUGUUGAGAGGGCGCUAGAUUUAUUUUUAACCGAAAACGGGAUCCUGGACUUUGCUUGUCUGGCCAAGCUUAUUUCAAAAAAUCAAGAGCUUUUAUCGUGUUCAAAUCCAUAUGGACUGGAUGUUGAUUCUGAAGAAUUCAUCAAAUUACGAGGUCAAAUUGAAAAGCUUGGAAAUGAAAGUGGUUCAUUCACAUUUGCUUCUAAAAUAACUGGGGCUGGAGGCGGUGGCUGUGCUCUGUACGUCUUUCCAAAUCAAAGUGAGCGAGACUCCUUUAUAAAAAUUAUUUCCGGCUCUAGUUCGUUUUCUAGCCCUCCUUGUCCGCUGCUUUUCCCUGUUGAGGUUGACUCUUAUGGGGUGCGCGCCGAGUUUCGAAUGAUAAGUAAAGACGAAUCUGAAAUAAGAGGCAAAGUUGAGUAA